CGAUAAUUGAGAGUGAAAAUGAAGUCCUCGAGCUCAUGGGGCGAGUGGAUGAAGGAGUUGAGGAGUUUUUUACAAAGAAAGUACUUCCCACUGAUCCACUGACCAAGCAGGAUGAGGAAACUAUCACACAGCAAGAAGUGGCUCCUGCCAGCUCUGUUGCUCCCUGUCCUCCACCAACAAAAACUCUCAGGAGGAAGCUUGGCGAUUUUUUCACCCUCAAAAGGAAGCGAGGUCUGAAGUCAGAGGCGAGCCAGGAGGGUCGCCCCAAAAAGGCCUCCAUCGCUGAUUUCAUACGACCUCUUAGGGAGGUCGCCAGGUCAGAGAAAGACAAGGAGAAAGAGCGAGUGAAGGAGAACGACAAGGAAAAUGACAAGGAGAAAGCUAAAGCACAUCCCAGUGCUGAUACUGGAGAGGCAGCUGUUCAGGAGACGCAGGUUACUGGUGACGCGCCGUUGAGGGGCGAGGCGGCGCCUCCCCGUCGAGUACUCAGAGAGGGGAAAUCCCAGUCUCUCAUUCUGCUGUCUGGAUCAGCAGCAGCAGGAGCUAUCAAUGCCAGAAACACUGCAAAGAAACAGUUUGAAGGCCAGCACAGCUUUGAGCAGAAACUCCAUCUUAUGCUUCAGCGUAUUGGAGUUUCUAAACCUCCACCAGGAGACACACAGAAUCAAGAAGGAGAGAUGAAAAAGGCAGAAUCUGAAGGUACCAUCAUCGAUAAUAAGCCUGAACCACCAUCUACUUUCUCAAAACCUCGGACAAUGUCUGCAUCUUCAGACACACGGCAUCAAAUUCGGGCAAGUGUGUCGGCACAUGAGGCAGCUGGGAAACCAGCUCUGCUUCCAAAACCAGUAAUCAAACCAGCUCCGCCUCCCGCAACAUCUGGCCGCAAUACGCCUGAGAACGAACUAGCACAGAUUCAGGAAGCAGAGACAAACAUGCCCACUAAGCCCAGUCCAGUUGCAACUCCCUCUGCUCCUGCUACACCUGACCUGGCUGCUACCACCACUUCUUCUCCACCAACAAUCUCUAAUUCAGUCCCUGACCCAGCCAGUGUCACAGUUUCCUCUUCCAGUACUGACACAGAGAAAUGCAGUGACUCAGUGAACCCUGCUGCAGCAACUACAACAUCCACCAUCAUUAUAGUCGGUGACAGAAAGGCCUCAGUCCCUAAAUCUAGGGCUUCUGAUACUGAAGCACCCAUCUCUACGAUUACAACCACCUCUACACCAACAGAGGCCCCUGAUAUAGCCACAGUUAUACCCACCUCCUCAGAAUCCAUUACCCCUAGUCUGUCAGUCCCUUCCACCUCAAAAACAGUAACCACUUCUGCCAUCCCCACCCUGGAAACUUGUUCAGCUUCCAACCAGCAGAGCUCAGUUUCCAAAACAUCAACAAAUCUGCCAACUGAGGUGACUUCACCAAAACUAAAUGGUGCUCUCUCAGCUGCUGGAGGUGAAAUUUCUGUCACCAUCCCAGCUUCUUCAACCUCCAACAGCACGUCAGAUUCAGGCCUACAUACUCCCUCCAGUACCUCCGUAACUACAUGUCACCCUCCUAAUUCUAGUGCAGUUACAGCUGCAGCUACACAUGAUGUCCCCAUUCCCACAACCUUCCCUGUCACCGACGCUCCCCUCCCUCUCACUGCUGAUGAAACCCUCAGCCCAACAUCCAGCGACCACAUGGACUGUGCCUCCUCUCCUGUCAUCAUCCAGUCAGCCGCUAAUAUCUCUGCUCCCUCCACUUCUUCCAGUGACACAAACCCUACAGACACCGCCUCCACUGCUACCAGUUUAAACCGUGCAGACACCACUUCCACCAGCAGCUCGGCAGAAACUGCUGCAAUUAGCUCCCCACACAUAACUGGGUCAGAUCCAGUCUCCACCAUUCCCCCUGAUGAAGAGUUAAGUGCCACUCCUCACCGUUUGAGCAGUCCAGCACCCCCUGAUGGUGAUCCACUCCAAGGUAAAGAUUUACAGACACUGCAUGAAGAGAGGGGGGAAGGAGGAAAACCAGGAAAUCACACAAAAACAGACACUGCAGUAGAUGACCCUUCUGAGAUGAUCAAACAGACCAAAUCAUCUGAGCUGGAUGAGAAGAAGGAAGUUGCUCACAGUGAGAAGAAGAGCAAAAGUGACAGUGACAAACCAGUGGUUGACAAUGGUAAUGUAACCAGAAAGGAAGUGCAGGAAGAAAUUGUGAAAGCUGAGCAGGAUGCGCUGUCUGAACCUGAGCCGGGUACAGAGGGUGAGAGGAGCAGACAUGACGCUGCCAAUGAUGCUCAAGAGCAAGAGGAAACUAUGUCAGAAGCUGAUAAGUGAAAAAAUAGUAAAGUCGCUGAAACUGGGACCGACAACUGUGACAGACAGAAGAGUCCACAGUAAAGGGUAUGAGGGAUAAGGAAGUUUGGGGAGAGGGAUGAUCAAUGACACUUCCAACAGGGACCACCACAUUACUGCAGCACACCACUAAGAGUGGGCCACUGGACCAAAGAACUGAGAUCCUCUUGGUGUGAUGUAAUCAACAAAUCCAGCAGUGUCUUUGUCCUUUUUCUAACUUAUGUUGAGAUUCUGCAUUGCACGUAUUAUUAUGUACUAUAAGAAAACUAUUGUGGUAAAAUUCAUGAUGUUUACAAAAGAUGGAAAGAGACAUAUGACUAUUAAAUGGAUUAUUCAGUUCACUAA